GAUUGUAAUUGUAGACCUCGGACCAAAAAUUAAAAAAAAAAGUACAUUGAACAGGAUAAUGUCGUUUCUCAUAUUCUAAGUUCUAACAAACGAGACCUUCUCGGGCUGAACCGAAGAAGGGAUAAGGAAACGAAAGCCUUCGGCCCUUAAACCCCCGAUUCCCAAUUAUAAACAGUGCCACUAUCAGUUUUUUCACUCCAAUUUUGCUUUACAAAACAUUUUUUGCUUUUUGCAAAUUUGUCUUUGGCUGCUUUUAGAAAUGACGAUGAAGAAAUUGAGAUGGGCAAUGGACAGUGGGUUCUGGGAUUUGGACAUGUCUACGCCGGUGACUUUGGAUGGCAAGGCACGCCCUGUCGCCGGCGACCCUCUACCUCUGGGCGUAAGCCGCGGCGCCAGGCUUUCGAGGCCCAGACAGAUCGAUUUCUUCCAGCGUUUUAUGGCUGCACCCUUUGUCCCUUCUUUCACUCCUGACCGCGGUCUUGCUCUUGAAAGGGUCUUCUCUCUUCCCCUGCCUUCUUCCAUUGGUGAACGCUGGUUUGCAACAUUACUUGGACAAUUUAAUAUCCAGAAGUUUGUGACCUCUAUCAAAAAGGAUGGGACAUUGCAAAUGUCAGAACCAUCAUGGUUACAACGCAUCAAAAAACACCUUUCUGAAAAAUCCCUUUAUGCUUUCAACCUCUGUUCAGAACUUUUGGUAACACCUGAUGAUACUCUUCUUCUUAGCUAUGAAGGAUAUGGUGAUGAGAAGAACUCUAGGACGAAAGCAGUUCUUCAUCACAAGUUUCCUCAUCAUAAUCUCAUUGUUGAAGCUGCUGGGCUAGAACGUUUUGUUGAUCACAAUGGUAACCACUGGGAUGUUCCAUUUUCUCUGGCAGCUGAUGUUGCCUCAGUUCCUGCUGACUCUAGUACAAGCUAUCAUUUGUGCAUUAAUCACGUGAUGGGUUCACCGAAUGAAGUUCAAACUCAGUCAGCUGGUGGAGCACCUGCUGCUCUACUCCCCGGUUUGUGUGCCAAAUGUGCAGUAUCCUUUAAGAAGAAUGCCAAUAUUUGGACAAGUGAAGCACCAAAGUUAUCAAUGGUGCAACCUUACGACAUUUUUUUGUCCGAUCCUCAUAUUUCAGUGUCCACCCUUCUAGGUGCUGUUGUGACAGCAUUUGUUGGUAAUACGUCAAUCAGAACACAAGGAGAACAUGAUAUACAAUAUUUGAAGGGCUCUGGACUUCAAGCACAGGCAGCAAAUUCUGCCAUUUCAGCGGACCUGUUUGCAUCUGCGUUUUUCUCAGCACAACAUGGAAAUUUCCAAAGGUUAUUCCUGGAUUUGACACGCAUCAAUGUACGUUUGGAUUUCCCAUCAGGGUUAAAGUUUCUCUCUGGUGCUGCUCGUGUGGGUUAUAAUCUGUAUAAUUCUCAAGAACCAAGUUGGGAAAGAAUUGAGACGUUAUGUCCAAAAGCCACCUUGUCAUUUCAGCAGCAGAUUGCUGGACCUUUCAGCCUUAGAGUUGAUUCUGAAGUAGCACUUGAUCUGAAAAAAGGAAACUGGUACCCAGUCAUGAAUGAUCCUGUAUUUGCAGUUGAAUAUGCCUUGCAAGUUCUUGGUUCAGCAAAGGCUGUUGCUUGGUAUUCACCGAAGCAGCGCGAAUUUAUGUUGGAACUUCGUUUCUUCGAGACCUAAAACCAUAAAUAUUUUUCCAGAAUUUGUUCUGGGCAGUCUAAUGGUUUCACCUCUUUAGCUCAUCAUUGGUCGUCAUCUUUUUAUUUGUAUUACGUCGUUUAAAAUUAGUAGCAAUCUAGCCAUCUUGGUUGAGUUGAUAAGCAUAUGGACUUGGAACAUCAGAAGUGCGAACACCUUCCAGCAUGUGUGUGUAAAAUUCUAGAGGUAAUGAUCAUGUGGUUCUUAUUGUUAUUGAUAGUUGGAAGUGAUGAUCUUUAAGAUCACCAAUGAUGGGGUUAUAGCUUUUGACACUUGGUGAUCUGCCAGUGGGGAUUUGAAACUGGGAAGAUUAUUUUUAGACAGAUCCCAAAGUGAUAAAUGCAGACUUUUCGAUUCUUUGCUAGUUAUGAGUUAGUAUUUGUUUGUGUCGAAUUGUUUGUUGAAGAUUCUUUAAAUGAGAGAUAUAGCAGUUACAUUUAGUGCAA